GCGCUGCUAUACAGCCCGCAGAACGUCGUUGUCGGUCAGUGCCAUUUCGGCAGCGAGAGGAACAACAUAAUCACAGAUCAUCUGGAACCGGUCAUCCCGCGCGCUGUGGUUCGAUUCGGCAGCGCAUCGCCCGGCUGGAGUUUGUGUCCGAUAGAUUCGAUAGUGAAUGGUUAAUUUAAUUCAGUGAAAAUAGGCUGCACGGUGUAAACGGCUCUGUAAUCAGGAAAUUGAUUCACAGUUCGCGCAGCUGAGAUACAUGUUCAUGUCGAUGAGAUCAAAAGUUCAAACGGUUGAUUAGGUUAAUGGUCUAACGACGGAAACACGGUGCACUAAUCGAAGCUGCGUUGGAAAGAUCUAAUCGAAUUUUCUUCCCAACGAGUAAAUCCUACCUGAAGCAUGAUGAAAUUUAUAAUCGCCAUCAUUUGUGUAUUAAAUUUCGCAAAACUUUCCGAACCCCUACAUCUCAUCAGUCCCAACGUAUCAGUUACAAAGAGCAAAGCAGUCAGCAGCAGAAGGCCAACCUAUGAGGAGUAUAAACGACAACGAAAGAGCUUCCUACAGGCGGAGGAGCACCUCUUUCUCGGUGCCAAUGUGACCCUGAACGAUAACGAGCAGCUUGUGAACAAAUUCGUUAUGCAGCUGAAGCUGGAGGAGCUAAGAGAAGGCUUUAACGACAGCUACAAUUUCCUACCGGCACGGCAUUUCUUCGAAGUGCUGGAUCGCUUCGGGCAGUCCAAGCUGUUCAAAAUCAUUCGAAGGCUGCCGAAAGGGGGCGUGCUACAUGCGCAUGACACGGCAUUGGGUAGCACCGAUUUAAUUGUGAAUGCAACCUAUCGGGAAAAUUUGUGGCAGAAAGGCGAAUUUGGGAAAGCUGACGGUCCAUCUUAUAAAUUUUCCCGGGAAAAACCUGGAGAUGAUUGGUCGCUGGUAUCGGAAAUUCGAAAGUGGAUGACUGAUGAAGUGUAUGAUGCCAAGGUGGAAGAAUUGUUCAGUCUAUACAAUGCAGAUCCACUGAAUGCCUAUAAAAGCUUGGAUGACGUAUGGAGCAAAUUCCAAAACCUAUUCAGGUGCUUAGACCCGUUAAUUACUUUUGAACCAGUAUGGAGACAGUAUUAUCACGAUUCCCUGCAACAGUUUUAUGACGACCAGGUGCAGUACUUGGAAUUCAGAGGAGUGCUGCCGGAUGUUUACGACUUGGAUGGAAAGAUUUACAGCGCUGAAGACGUUGUUCAAAUGUACUACGACGAGACGGAACGAUUCAAGGCAAGUCAUUCGGGUUUUAUUGGUGUGAAAUUUAUCUACGCACCUGGUCGCUAUGCGAGUGAUGAUAAGUUUCAAGAAAUUCUCGACACGGCCGUUCGUCUGCAUGAAGCAUUUCCAAACUUUCUAGCAGGAUUCGAUUUGGUGGGUCAAGAAGAUCCGGGGAGGUCACUUUUUGAAUUUGCACCCGCACUACUUAAGCUUCCGGACUCCAUCAACUUUUACUUCCACGCUGGUGAAACCAACUGGUAUGGAAUGAAAACAGAUCAGAAUUUGAUCGAUGCAGUUCUGCUCGGCAGCAAACGAAUCGGUCACGGAUUCGCUGUUCUAAAGCACCCGAAAGUGCUCAAGGAGGUCAAACGCCGUCAGAUUUGUCUCGAAAUUAAUCCCAUCUCCAACCAGGUGUUGAAACUAAUUGACGAUCAACGGAAUCAUCCGGCGGCGUUGCUAUUUUCGGAUAACUACCCCGUGGUGGUGUCCUCGGAUGAUCCUUCGUUUUGGCGAGCAACCCCACUGAGUCAUGACUUUUACCUUGCGUUCACCGGAAUAGCGUCGGCAGGACAUGAUUUGCGAUUGCUGAAACAGCUGGCCCUGAAUUCCAUCGAGUACAGUGCAUUGAGUAAGGAUGAAAAAAAAUCAGCCAAGGAAAAAUGGAAACGGGCGUGGUAUGAGGAAAUCAAUGCCCUGGUUUUGGACAUUGUUGCUGGAAAAUAUUCGGAAGAAUAAAUUGAUGAUGUUGAAAAUAUAAAAAAAAA